GUUCGACACUUUUGACAUUUGACCAGCUGUUUGCAUUUCGCGUCGCCGCAUUCGUUUUAGGAAAGGCCUGUCCCGUCCAAUCAGUCGCUGUUUGAGUUUCGGCGGUCGCGAUCGGGGUACUUCAGUUCCCUUCUUGAUGAUCCAGGGACGGAACUUUGAGAUUGAUCACUCGACGGCGCAUUCCUCCUCAGUUUCUUCUUUCGAAAUUAUUAUGUAAUUCAAUGAGGGCCGUUAUGUAAGGUCGAGUGCGGGGCGCGUGCGGUAGGUGUUUGGUGAGCUGUGCACAGUGUACCGAAAUAUGUUUAUUUGAGCGAGUGUGGUGCAAACUGCAAAAUGGCGGACUUAGAGGCAGUGCUGGCCGAUGUCAGCUAUCUCAUGGCCAUGGAAAAGAGCAAGUGCACACCAGCUGCGAGGGCCAGCAAGAAGAUCGUGCUGCCCGACCCCAGCGUUCGCAGCGUGAUGCACAAAUAUCUGGAGAAGAAGAAUGAGGUGAACUUUGACAAGAUCUUCCAUCAAACAUUAGGUUAUCUGUUAUUUAAGGAUUUUUGCGAGAAUUUGUCGGAAGUUCCCGUGCCUCAGCUUCGCUUUUAUGAAGAGAUAAAAGCGUACGAAAAGCUAGAAAGUGCCGAAGAGAGAAUGAAACAAGCGAGAGACAUCUACGACAACUUCAUCAUGAAGGAGCUCCUGGCACGGUCUCACGACUACUCGAAGGAGUGCCUCCAGCACGUGCAGAAGCACCUAAUGAAGAACGAUGUUCCCGUCACACUGUUUGAGCCUUACAUAGAAGAAAUUUAUAACCAUUUAAGGGACGAACCGUUCAAGAAAUUUUUAGAAAGUGAAAAAUAUACGAGGUUUUGCCAAUGGAAAAAUUUGGAAUUAAAUAUACAGCUGACUAUGAACGACUUCAGCGUGCACAGGAUAAUAGGCAGGGGCGGCUUCGGGGAAGUUUACGGUUGUCGGAAGGCCGACACGGGGAAAAUGUACGCGAUGAAAUGUCUAGACAAGAAAAGGAUCAAAAUGAAACAAGGGGAGACUUUGGCGUUAAACGAACGCAUUAUGUUGUCCCUUGUAAGCACAGGACAGGAUUGUCCGUUUAUAGUUUGUAUGACGUAUGCGUUUCACACGCCCGAUAAGCUCUGUUUCAUAUUAGAUUUGAUGAAUGGCGGCGAUUUGCAUUAUCAUUUGAGCCAACACGGCGUCUUCAACGAGUCUGAAAUGAAAUUUUACGCUGCCGAAGUGAUAUUAGGUUUGGAACAUAUGCAUAGGAGGUAUAUUGUAUAUAGAGAUUUAAAACCUGCAAAUAUUCUAUUAGACGAACAUGGCCAUGUUCGGAUAUCUGAUUUAGGUCUAGCCUGUGAUUUUUCAAAAAAGAAACCCCACGCCAGUGUAGGAACUCAUGGUUACAUGGCACCGGAAGUGCUGUCAAAAGGCACAGCGUACGAUUCCAGUGCCGACUGGUUCAGUUUCGGAUGUAUGUUAUACAAAUUAUUGAAAGGACAUUCGCCGUUCCGCCAACACAAAACCAAAGACAAGCACGAAAUCGACAGGAUGACGUUAACAAUGAACGUCGAACUUCCCGAUUCGUUUAGUAAAGAAUUGAAAUCGUUACUGGAAGGUUUACUUCAGCGAGACGUCGAUAAAAGACUGGGUUGUAAAGGCAACGGGGCCGAUGAAGUCAAGGAGCACCCUUUUUUUGCCGGCAUCGACUGGCAGCAGGUCUACCUUCAGAAAUACACGCCGCCUUUGAUACCCCCUCGAGGCGAAGUGAACGCAGCCGACGCCUUCGACAUCGGCUCCUUCGACGAGGAGGACACCAAAGGAAUCAAACUGACCGACGCCGACCAAGAACUCUACAAAAACUUCCCUUUGGUGAUAUCCGAACGGUGGCAAAACGAAGUCGCUGAAACCGUAUUUGACACGAUCAACUACGAGGCCGAUCGAGCCGAAAAUAAGAAGAAAGCCAAACAGAAGAAACUCUUCGACCUUGAUGAGAAAGAAUCGGACUGUAUUUUGCACGGUUAUAUUAAAAAAUUAGGCGGGCCUUGGAUGUCGAGUUGGCAGAUGAGGUAUGCAAAGUUGUACCCCAACAGGCUUGAACUGCAUCCGGAUUCGGCUAAACCGGAAAUGGUCUUUAUGGAUCAAGUCGAGGAAGUUAGUCCGGAGUUGGUGCAAGUGAAAAAUGAAAAUUGCAUCGUUGUCAGGAUGAGGGAUGGGAAGAUUGUCCUCACAAAUACGGACGAAAUAGGCCUAAAAGAAUGGCUUACGUCCCUGAAGUCUGCUCACAAGUUAUCUCAGGAGUUAUUGGGGUCGAUGGCGAAGAAAGCCGGCAAGAUCUACGGGACUGAUUCGAACAAUAAAAACGCGAUAAUAGCGGCACAUCGUAAUACAAACGGUAACUAAAUUUGUGGAAAUAUCAAACUUUGUCCUGCAAAAAAAUAAAGCCGAUGCGGGCUACAAGCGAUUUCGCGAAGAUUUAUAUCGUUUUUCUUGCAAUGUCUUAGGCACUAUUGUUGUUGCUCCCUAUUUUUAUUUGUUAGGUUUUUUAUGUUUUAAUAUACAAUUUAAGAGGAAAUAACCGAUUAUUUAUCGUCGCAACAUUUAUAUAUUGAGAUACGUUGCGGACCUUUGUAAUAACUUAAAUUCAUGACAAAAGUGUAUUGUAUUAUUGUUAUUUAUAUUAUUUAUGCCAAUAGAUUUUUGCUUUGAGCAGGUACUUUUUAUAACGAUAGUUUAUCAUUUUUUAAAUAUAUUUAUUGAGACUGUUCUGGGAAUGAGGUGAUGUUUGAAGUAAUAAAAAAAGAGUAAUGCACAUUCCAUUCGAUUUUUUCGCAAAUCUAGUCAAACACAGGACAAACAAAAAUAUAAUCAAAACAUUUUUUAUUAACGGCUGUUUAACCCGCAGUUUCAGGACAGUUUCGUUAUUAUUUCUGAUUUUGUUUUUUAUUUAUUUUAUUAUAGUUAGAAAAAUUUGUUCAAGCUCGAGAAUAGUCGCGCUUUACAGAUUUUUUUAACGACACUGUAUAUUCCUGAACAGAGAUGUUCGUCUCACUGGUACCAACACCAAGCUAAUAAGUCACUAGAAUAGCUUGUAUGCCAGCUGCACUAUCUGUAAAUACUUGCUUGUUUCUUAUUACCGUUUAAUUUUGUCUAGUAUAAAAAAUGUUAAACAACACUCAUUAAACGUCGCGGAGGAUCCUGACGUGACUUUUAGUGGAAGUUGUGAUUUAUUCUGCACAAAACACUUCUAAUUUCGUGAAUUUAAUCAAAUAUUUUGUACAUUUUUGUAUAUACGAUUUAAUUUCAUGUGAAACUAAUGUAUGUCAGAUGAAACUUUCAUUUCUAUCCCAAUGAAGAGAUUUUCAUCUCGUAAAUGUAGAAGAAUUUUCUUCCAUCUCAAUGUUUAAAACUGCUUCGAUUAUUUUGAGCCAAAUUUUUUCAUCCACAAAGUGUAAAAAAGUGUUUUUUAAUGAUUUUUAUUUUCAUAUGCGCUAGGCCUUUACUAGGUUAACUGUCGUCAAGCAGUGUCAGUCGUUUUUAAAAUACUUCACUGCCUACAUUCAAAAAAGCGAAUCUCCGGUCAUAUUUUAAAAACGACUGAUACCAGACAUGAAUUGUGCGUGGAAAAACAUGUACAUUUUUGUAUAGAGUGUGAUUUAGAUGUUUGUGCCAUUGUAUCCGGAAUUUUUUUAACUUUAACCAGACGGCAAAGAAAGGUUUCGUCAGUCUUGCCACCCCCAUCCAGAGUACCGCUUCGAUUGGCAGCCAUGGAAUUCAAUCAACUGUGCCAAAUAGCGUAAUCUGACCGACGGUUGGCAAGCCUGCAAACCGUUGCGGUACUCUGAAUCGAAAAUGAGAUGAACAAUCACUAGCAUCAAUGUUUAGGACAGCAAUAUAGUUGUUUUCGUGUCUAGUAAUUACAAGGUUGGCAGCGAGAGGGCGCGCCCCGAUUUCUGCUUCACAUUUCGGCCGAAUACUUAAAUUAACGGACGCCCCCUAGCGCCAGUAUAAAUACACUUUUUUGUAUUUUUUAUAAUUUUUUAGCACUUUGUACGACAAACAAAUCAGUAUUGUUGGGUUUUAAUACAAACUUCUCGACAGUUUCGAUGAAAAACUGAAGGAUAAGUCAGUGCAAGUGUAGUGUAGUUUUAGUAAAUGUUAGUUAUGAUGUAUUCCUCCAUUUUAGGACAUCUUUUGCCUGAACUUGGAGCCCUUGGUUCGGCAAAAGCUCAGUUGUUGUGUCAACUUGCAUUGACUUGAAGCGACCACGAAGUGACAAUCAAUGUUUUUUGAAUAUUUCAUUGCGAUUUUUGACACAUGUUAGUGACAGUGAGGUAAAACAGAGGGCGCUUCAGUAAUCUGUGUCGGGAAUUGAGAUCUCAGUGUAUUAAUUUUUAUUUUUUAGUCGUGAUAAAGUUGUGAUAGCAAGGAAAUUGUUGGGAAAUUUGUGUGGGACCAUUGAUGAACGGGAAUUGUUCAGUUAGUUCCCUUAGUACUUUCAUUCAAUUUCAUUUUUUAUCCCAACUGACGGAUGAAUGUAAACUGUUAAAAAAAAUCAAUACAAACUGAAAGUACGGUAUUCUAAAUAAAUUAGUAGAUUGGAACAUGUAUCACUGAUAGAAGAAAAAAAUUACUUGGUAUCGACUCCUCGAGUCGGCAGUAAUUGUGGAUGUAUAGUGAUUAUUUAAUUAAAACAAAAAAAAUAGAUAUUGAUUACCUCUUUAAGUUAGUUUUUAAGUUAUUAGAUGUCAGUGUUGUACAUAUUGCAUUAAAGUCACGUUUAUAGACUCAACAA